CUAACCAAUAACCAUGUGUAUACAAAUCUGACCGACCGAUCCUCGUGGGAAACUUUCAGUGAAGCCGAUAGAAUACUCAUUUCAUUUUCUUAUUUCGGACGAAUUGCCCUCGCGUUGGUAUAUUUGCUAAUCAUGAAGAACUAAUAGUUUCAACUUUAGCUUAGUGUUCUCGUGCACCCCGUCGAGACCUCCUUCUUUGUACUUUGUAGACAUGUUUGUGAUCGUUGAGUUGAAAGAUGUUGUCCGCACCCCUCCAGCAGUUUUCAACAAAAAACUUGAUGAAACCACUGCAGGACACCUAAACUCGAAAUUGGCCAACAAGGUCAUCACUAAUGUUGGACUCUGUAUUGCUCUUUUUGAUAUUCUGAAGAUGGGAGACAGCUUUAUAUUUCCUGGUGAUGGAGCCUCUCAUACAAAAGUGGAAUUCAGAUUCAUUGUGUUUCGUCCUUUCAUUGAUGAAAUAAUUGUUGGUAAAAUUAAGAGUUGCAGCAAAGAUGGUGUUUGUGUGACGCUCGGUUUCUUCGAUGACAUCAUGAUUCCAUCAACAAGUUUGCAGCAUCCUUCUAGGUUCGAUGAAAUGGAGCAGGUUUGGGUCUGGCAAUUUGACAAUGAUGGUGAUACUCACGACCUAUUCAUGGAUAUUGGUGAAAGCAUUAGAUUCAGAGUGGUUACAGAAGUGUUCGUAGAAACGUCUCCUGUUACUUGCCCAGAGAAAAUGGAGGUCUCAACUGAACCUGAAUCGAAAGUACCUUACUCUAUAAUUGGAAGCAUCAGUGAGCCAGGUCUAGGAGUUUUAUCUUGGUGGGAGGGAACGUGACAAUUCCAUGUUUUCUGCCAGUAUCUCUCUAAAUUUGAGCUACCAAGUGGGUAAGUCAAUCGAAGUUAAAACAGUCAUUUAUGGACAAAAGGCACCAAAUAAGCCAACUUAUGUGUAUGUGCAACAGCUGUAUUGAUACCACCAGUUGUUGGACACUUCAAAUAAAUUACUACUUCAAUGCAAAUAAAGAGCGGCUCAAAGUAAUAUGAUUCUGUGAAAUUUGUUAACUUUCUGAUGUAAUGACACGCAGGAUUUGCAAUGCCUAUGAAAUUGCAUGACAUAGCUUAUCUUCUGCAAAUGACCAUUUUAAUACACUAAUGUGGCUGUUUCAACAAGUGAAUUAUUACCUUCAGGAUUAGUGCAUUUAAUUUUCCCCAAAUUUCAAGCAAAAUAGUAAAGUUUUUAAGAGCAUUGUAACCCUUUAUACAACUUUUUAUUAAAAAGUUACUCAAAUCAAGGAUUUUUAGGUACUCAUGGACCAAUUAUUCAGUUCCAUCACUAAAAUCCCAACAUCAGCCUCUGAUGUUGUCGCAAAAUGACCUUCACUCAUUGGUUCCUGCUGAUAAGAAUUUUUGAAAGGAAAGAUAAAAUUGAUGUUUUUAUAGACCUCCCCCCCCCCCCCCCCCCAUCCACAAAAAAAGAAGGUCCAGCUUCUUAAGACUUGCAGUAACUUUCUAUGUCAACAGCUAAACAUGGACUCAGUUGUUCGUUGCACAUAAAAGUACCUCAUCAUAAGUGUUUUCUGCCCACUAAAUCACCGCAAUUGUUUAGCUCACAUUUUCAUUCAUCUCUUGCAAAUUUUAAUUAAACUAUCAAGUCAGUUUUAUUUAUAGUAGUAGAAUAUCUCACUGUCAAACUGUUUUUGUAGCUCUGAAUAUUCAAUUUUUAAGAUGGACCUUCAAUGUCCUAAUAUUUGAGGUUGAUACCAUAGCCGUUGAAGAAAGUACAUUAUCAAUGCCUAUUAUAACUCAUCAUCUUUGUACAGUACACUAGUCCGGUAAACAAAGCAUCUAAGGUAUAUUUUUUGAUUUAUCCAAUCAUUGCACACCUAUAGUUAGGCUUAAUGAAUUAUACGCCUAAAAAGGUCUUUUCAGCUGAAAGUCCCUGUAAAUCCCAGAGAAGGAUUUUUGGUUAGUAUUCCAAUCAAGUGAGGAUUCCAUAUCUUUUCCCUCUCUUGUGCCAUGGCGUCCGCCACCAUGCCUCUGAUUUCAAGACCUUUUUCUCUUGCCACAUCAAUGCCAUUCUUUACUCUUUUCAGUGUACACGCUUUCGUUUUCUGUGAAUCACUGCAAACAAGGAGCCUUUCCUCUUACCCCCUCUUCAGAUCUAUAAUUUUUUCGAACCCCGGCGACGAGUCGUUAGAGUCGAUCAUAACGUUACGGACAUUAAUAUUUGCUCUCUCUCCAGUAGCAGCCUGAGGAAAUGGCCCAGUGAUGCUUUCCCUUGCAAUGAGUUGGUGCUCAUUGACAUCUUAACAGAUUUCUUUGGAUACAAAUUUUCCAAUAAAACUCUACCAUCCUCGUCAAUGUCUUCUUUCAUAUUAAUCGAGAUAAUCGAUAUUUCUGAUGGAAUUUUCAAUGGAAAAAUUGUGAAUAAAAAUUAAUUUGUAGUUGUUUGUUGGCUUUCAAGAAUUGAGAAUAUAAUAGGCUUACAUUAUGAGAUUAUUCAAGGGAUUUUCUGAGUGUUUCAUUUCGUUUGCUGUGACAAUUAAUCAAAGAAAUGAAGGCACUUCAACUUUUUAAUCAUUUGACGAAUAUACAUAAGUCAAUCAAUCAGCGAGUAUGGUCCACAGUGAGCGAGGUAAAUAUACUAAAACUAACAGCAUGAGGCUAUGUAGGAGCCGUCCUGAACCGUAGUCGUGACCGGAGCGAUGGCCAAAAUCAGAAUAUUGAGCAAGUUCAAUUGACAUAAAAUUAUACUCUGAAUUCCUAGAGAUGUUAUGUUAGCCUUAGUUCUUAAAAUUUCGUCAUUAAAAAUUUGUACAUUA